GUUUGACCCGGAUCCACGCCAACGCGGUGCCUGCCGCAUGGGACGAUUCUCAGGGACACUGGUCUGGAAUAAUUUCAGUUUUUGGAACGGGAACGCGCAAUCGAACCGGGAGGAUCCGUUCUGUUUCGAUACCCAACUCGGUGAUCUGCUGAAAGAGCGGGAGAUCCGCAGCGAUUGGUUUUUAGGGUUUACUCCAUUUAUCUCCAGGAAAAGGUCCUAACUACCUCAUCAUCAUCUCACUCAACAAUCGGCUACAAGUCGAAGACAUUGUACGACGACGACUAACUGCUUACCUCGUCCUGUCUAAUCCCCACCCCGAAUCUAAUUCCGAGAACGACACGCCGACGUAACCAAACCCGAACGAACACCAAGCCCGUACCAACAACACACAAGCAUGGCGGGCGCGGUCGACUCCGAGGCCGCUCGCAAUGUCGAGCGGCGCGAGAAACACCACGAGGCCGACGUCGUCGUAGUCGGCGCCGGCGUCUUCGGUUGUGCCGCGGCCUACGCCCUAGCCAACCAGGGGCGGAGCGUCAUCCUGCUCGAGCGGUGGAUGCACCAGCCGGACCGCAUUGUCGGUGAGCUGCUGCAGCCCGGCGGCGUCGAGGCGCUGCGGAAGCUGGGGCUGGAACACUGUCUCGAGGACAUCGAUGCCAUACCGUGCUACGGCUAUCACUGCCUAUUAAGGGGGGAAGAGAUAUCGUUCUCGUAUCCGCCGCUCGCUAGUGACGGGAGGGUGGUUUUGGGCGCGGGGAGGAGGAAGGAGGUGAAUGGGUAUGCGAAUGGGGAUGUCAAGGAACCGGCCAGGCCAGAAGGCAGGAGUUUCCACCACGGGAGGUUUAUCAUGCAGCUGCGCAAGGCGUGUAUGGCGCACCCGAAUAUCAGCGUCUUCGAGACUGAGGUCACGGCGACCAUCAAGGGCGAACACAGCGACGCCGUGCUCGGGGUACAAACACGAACAAAGGACCCAGCCACGGGCAAGAAGACCCCCGACUGCUUCUUCGGCCAGCUGACCAUCAUCGCGGACGGCUACGCCUCCGUCUUCCGCAAGGAACUCCUCGGUACCACCCCCAUCAUCCGCAGCAAAUUCUACGCCCUCGAACUCAUCGACUGCCCGUUCCCGCCCGCCAACCACGGCCACGUCGUGAUCGGCGAGCAAUCCCUCGCCCUCCUCUACCAAAUCGGCACGCACGAGACCCGCGCGCUAAUAGACAUCCCCACCAACCACCCCGCCGCCACCACCCAAGCCGGCGGCGCACGCGGCUACAUCGAGAGCAUCGUCCUCCCCUCGCUCCCCGCGCACGUCCAGCCCAGCGUGCGCGCCGCGCUCGCCGACGGCAAGAUCCCCAAGAGCAUGCCCAACUCGUGGCUCCCCUCGACCAAGCAAACCCAGCACGACGGCGUGAUCCUCCUCGGCGACGCCCACAACAUGCGGCACCCGCUCACGGGGGGCGGCAUGACAGUCGCGCUCAACGACGCAGUCCUCCUCGCCUCCCUCCUGUCCCCGUCCCAAAUCCCCACCCUCUCCCACCACGCCGCGGUACGCGGCGCCAUGGCGGCCUUCCACUGGCGGCGCAAGAGCCUGACGGGCAUCAUCAACGUGCUGGCGCAGGCGCUGUACAGCCUGUUCGCGGCCGACGGCUGGCAGCUGCGCGCGCUGCAGCGCGGCUGCUUCCGCUACUUCCAGCUCGGCUACACCGACGAGCCCGUCGCCAUGCUCGGCGGCGUGCUGCGCCGCCCGGCCGUGCUGGCCUCGCAUUUCUUUACGGUUGCCGGGCUUGCCAUCUGGCUGCAUACGGUGGAUCUGUGUGGCGGGUCCGUGCUGGGGUGGCUGAAGCUGCCGUUGGCGAUGGUCCAGGCGGUGAUGAUCCUCUGGACGGCGUGCGUGGUUUUCUUGCCGGUGAUGUGGACUGAGUUGUGGUGAGGUGUGAAGGGUGAGCGGUGGGGGGUAAUGGAUGAUGGAUAAUGGGGG